AUGGCCGAGCCCGAGAGCGACGCUAUCAGCCAUGAGCCUGAUGCAGUCGCAGCACCAUCCCUCAUCCCAUCCAAGAGACCAGCGUCUGAAAAUGGAGAGUCGACGAACGCAACGCCCAAGAAGCUCAAGGAUGGCGCCGAAGCUAUCAGUGUUAAAGAUGCGGCUAAGAAGCUGUUCUUUCCCACCGAGGAGGAAUUAUCUGAACAGGAACUCAGCCAGCUAAGCAAGAUCAUAUUUGGCGAUUAUCUAAAAUUGUACAAGGUCCCAUCAGCUUCGUUGACGGAAGACAUCCGACAGUUCCGCCUCGUCAAAGGAUCUCAGGUUCCGUUUAGACUAGUUUGCGGAUUCCAGCUGUGGUUGCGCGAGACAGGCCAGCAUGCGUCUCAAGCGGUUUUUUUCUCACGUCUAUCGAAGAAACUUCGCAGGUUGCUUCGGGAUGGCAGCGAAGAGGAUGCCAGUCCGAACAACUCUAACAUGGGUGCGAUCAAUCCCAAGAGGACUAGGCAGACGAGCAGAGACAUCCAUAAGUCUAAUUUUGGCCUGUACGAAGUACUACAACUGGUUGACGACUUGAGUGUGAUCGUUGCAGAAGGCUUGAACAUGCUCCGCAGGAUACGUCGUUUCAAAGAAGAGAUCGAAGAUAUCGAUGAUCCCACCCUAAUCGAUCGGGAGGGAAGAUAUACCAGCAUCAGCGUUUGGAACAUACAUUCUGGAAAGAGGGUUAAGGAAGUCGCAAAGAGCGUCGGUAGUGCUCUGAAAGAGUUGGUGCCUCGGAUAAGAGAUCUUCGCAAAGAAUACCACAUGUUGAAAACAGUGGACAAAGUAAGCUGGGAUGCAGUCCAUGGCCAGAGCGGAUCUCGCGACGAUCUCCUGAAAAUGUGCAUGCACAACUGGAUUCUCUACAGGUUAAGGACGCCGCCAGCAGUAGUUGUAAGCAAUGAUUUUGCUGCAAGAUGGAGAUGCUGGAAGGCACUGGCACAGGUAGAUGCCCUGGAGAGAUUGAUGUGGCACCGCGAAGACUUGCAGGCAGCACUUCAGGCGCUUGAGAAGGCCGUUGGCUGA